UCUGGCUUCGCAACAGACACCCCACUAACAUCAUCAUCCUGGACUGGUGCGUGCGGGAGGCGGAACCCGAACACUCCUCACAUCCUACUUUUGUUCCGUCUCUUUGGAGGAUUACUUGGACAGUUAAGCGGGAAAACAGAUGACAGCGAGGCAGCCGGCAGGGAAGGACUGAAAAGAUCCCAGACCGAACCGAACCGAGCCCAGGAGAGCUGUGUGUGGAGAUAUUUGGAGUUGAAGAAGGGCACCUCUGCUGCCACUUUCCUGAUCCCAGGAGGAAAUUUAACUCAUCGGUGUCGGAGCACUUCAAGCCCAUUUCCACAAACGGAAGCUUCUGCCCGUUUCAGCAGCCAGAUUAUCACGUACCUGAGCAGAUAUGAGUGAAGACAAACCAGCUGCUACUGUGGAAACAUCUCCGGUGGAAGGGAACGCCAUUCCUAACGGUAAAAGCCAUGAACCUGGGGAGGACAUCACAGCUUCAGCUAAAACACCCCCUGCAGAGGACUGUGAAAAGGAAACUGUAGCCAAUAGUGCCCAGAAUGCUAGUCCUCACAAAAAUGAAAAUGUGGAGUCCAACCUCCCAGAGAGCCAGGAGUUCUUGUCACGUGGGGAAGACAAAAAGACAACGCGCUUUACAGAUUUUGAAGGAAAAACCUCAUUUGGGAUGUCUGUCUUCAACCUGGGCAACGCAAUCAUGGGAAGUGGAAUUCUGGGACUUGCAUACGCCAUGGCCAACACAGGAGUCAUCUUGUUCCUGCUACUCCUAACAGCGGUGGCAGUUCUUUCAUCAUAUUCCAUCCAUUUACUACUAAAAUCAUCUGGUAUUGUAGGUAUUCGUGCAUAUGAGCAGCUCGGCUACAGGGCUUUUGGAACUCCGGGUAAGAUGGCGGCAGGUAUUGCCAUCACGCUGCAGAACAUUGGAGCCAUGUCCAGUUAUCUUUACAUAGUCAAAUAUGAAUUUCCUUUGGUCAUCCAGGCAUUUCUGAAGGUGGAUAACCCUGCAGGUGAAUGGUACCUGAAUGGAAACUAUCUGGUCAUUAUCGUGUCUGCGGCAGUCAUAUUACCUCUGGCUCUCAUGAAGCAGUUAGGAUACCUGGGGUACACCAGUGGCUUCUCACUGAGCUGCAUGGUGUUCUUUCUCAUUGCUGUCAUCUACAAGAAGUUCAACAUCCCCUGCCCUUUUGUGGACUUUGCCCAUAACAGCACUGGUCACGAGCUGAAUGUCAGUGCCGCCAACCACGGCGGAGAGCCAGAUCCAGCGUGCAUUCCCAAGAUGGCCAACCUCAACAUACAAACGGCCUACACCAUUCCCAUCUUGGCGUUCGCCUUUGUGUGCCACCCUGAGGUCCUCCCCAUCUACACAGAGCUGCGCAAUCCCACCAAGAAAAAGAUGCAACAAGUGUCCAACAUCUCCAUCACAGUCAUGUACGUCAUGUACUUCCUGGCAGCUCUUUUCGGAUACCUAACUUUCUAUGGUGAAGUGGAGGCAGAGCUGCUCCACACAUACAGCCGUAUCGACCCGUAUGACACUUUAAUUCUGUGUGUGCGCGUGGCUGUGCUAACUGCCGUCACACUUACAGUACCAAUCGUGCUCUUUCCUGUGAGGAGAGCAAUCCAACAGAUGAUGUUCCCCAACAAAACCUUCUACUGGCCUCGCCACAUCGCUAUUGCCAUCACUCUGCUCACUUUCAUCAACCUGCUGGUUAUCUUUGCCCCUAACAUCCUGGGCAUCUUUGGCGUCAUUGGUGCCACAUCUGCACCCUGUCUCAUCUUCAUCUUCCCCGCGGUCUUCUAUAUUCGUAUUGUACCCAAGGAGGAGGAGCCGCUGUGCUCGGUUCCAAAAAUCUUGGCUGCCUGCUUCGCUGGGAUCGGUUUCCUAUUUAUGAUCAUGAGUCUGAGCUUUAUCAUCAUCGACUGGACAUCGGGCAGCAGUAAAGCCAGCAGUGGUCAUUAGACACCUUCCUGUUUUUUUUUCUUUAUAUUGUUAAUAUGGGAUUGUGUUGUAAUGUUUCUGUUUAUGCGUUUGUUGAAGAUGCCCUUUCUUUUCCGUUAGAGACUAUCUGCCACAGACACUUAGGUUCAGGGCAGCUCUCUGAUUACUCUCGCUUUGAUAAGGUUCUGUACCUGCUGCCAAACAAUAACUGAAGACCCAGGCCAGUACACUUUAAAUAUUAAAUAUUUGGUGAGAAGUUUCUUUGCUUGAAGGCCAGUUGUGAAACUUAAAAGGCUGCGUCUUGUGACAAAAGUGGUCUUGAUACGUGUGGAGCAUCUAUCUCCUCGCACAAUCCAAGUUUGUAUCAAAACGAUCUUAUUAUGCACACAAUCUGAUACAGCUCCCUUUUAGCUGCUAAAGAAAUUUGAUUUUUUUUUUUAGAGAUUAUAUUACUUAGAUGCCUGCUAUAUUUGAAUACCUACAUAUUUUAGUGCAGCUGCACUUGUGCAGUUGCAGGAGACACAUUUAUAAGAGCAACUGAAGGAUGUAUAACAAGAAGAGUUACUUUUAAAUGCUCUCUUACUGAGAGUGAAACAAGAAGACUGAAAGCACAGUCGGGAUUGUAAAUAACCAUAUGACUAUACUAUAUACUAUAACUAUAUGACCAGUUAGACUUAAUAGACUUAGGAAUUUAUUAAAGGUGGGACACAUUAAAGAGAUAGUUAAUGAAGUGGAGUUUUGGAGACAGGUUAUAUACAAUAAGAAUUAGGGAUGCAUGAUAUUGGAUUUUCGGCUGAUAUUCAAUAUGCCGAUAUGUUAAAACUUAUUUGGUCGAUAACCGAUACCAAUACUGAUAUUUUCCUUAUACACCUACUUCCAGAGACUACAUAGCUUUCUCUGCUGUGGAAUUAAAACAAUACAUUAUUCUGCAUGAUCUUUGUUAA